AUGAUCAAUUACAACAUCAUGAUCAUCUUCAACAUCAUGGUCGUCCUCAGCAUCAUAGUCAUCCUCAACAUCAUGGUCAUCCUCAACAUCUUAGUCAUCCUCAACAUCAUGGUCGUCCCCAACAUCAUGAUCGGCCUCAACAUCUUAGUCAUCCCCAACAUUGUGGUUGUCCACAUCAUGGUCAUCCUUAACAUCAUAGUCAUCGUCAACAUCAUGGUCAUCCUUAACAUCAUACUCAUCCUCAAUAUAAUGGUCGUCUUCAACAUCAUGGUCAUCCUCAACAUCAUAGUCAUCCCCAACAUCAUGGUCAUCCUUAACAUCAUAGUCAUCGUCAACAUCAUGGUCAUCCUUAACAUCAUACUCAUCCUCAAUAUAAUGGUCGUCUUCAACAUCAUGGUUAUCCUCAACAUCUUAGUCAUCCUCAACAUCAUGGUCGUCCCCAACAUCAUGAUCAUCUUCAACAUCAUGGUCGUCCUCAGCAUCAUAGUCAUCCUCAACAUCAUGGUCAUCCUCAACAUCUUAGUCAUCCUCAACAUCAUGAUCAUCUUCAACAUCAUGGUCGUCCUCAGCAUCAUAGUCAUCCUCAGCAUCAUAGUCAUCCUCAACAUCAUGGUCAUCCUCAACAUCUUAGUCAUCCUCAACAUCAUGGUCGUCCCCAACAUCAUGAUCAUCUUCAACAUCAUGGUCGUCCUCAGCAUCAUAGUCAUCCUCAACAUCAUGGUCAUCCUCAACAUCUUAGUCAUCCUCAACAUCAUGGUCGUCCCCAACAUCAUGAUCAGCCUCAACAUCUUAGUCAUCCCCAACAUUGUGGUCGUCCACAUCAUGGUCAUCCUUAACAUCAUAGUCAUCGUCAACAUCAUGGUCAUCCUUAACAUCAUACUCAUCCUCAAUAUAAUGGUCGUCUUCAACAUCAUGGUCAUCCUCAACAUCAUAGUCAUCGUCAACAUCAUGGUCAUCCUUAACAUCAUACUCAUCCUCAAUAUAAUGGUCGUCUUCAACAUCAUGGUCAUCCUCAACAUCAUAGUCAUCCCCAACAUCAUGGUCAUCCUUAACAUCAUAGUCAUCAUCAACAUCAUGGUCAUCCUUAACAUCAUACUCAUCCUCAAUAUAAUGGUCGUCUUCAACAUCAUGGUCAUCCUCAACAUCAUAGUCAUCCCCAACAUCAUGGUCAUCCUUAACAUCAUAGUCAUCGUCAACAUCAUGGUCAUCCUUAACAUCAUACUCAUCCUCAAUAUAAUGGUCGUCUUCAACAUCAUAGAGUCAUCCCCUCCAACAUCAUAG